AUGUCAUUUUUAAAAAAUCUAUUGCAUAAAGGUGAAGGUAGUGGUGGUCAACAUCAUGAUCAGAAUGCGCAACAUUCUUCUCCACAUGGGUCCCAUCCUCAGCAACAACUUGUAAAUCAGUGGCCAGCACAAGGGCCACCCCCACCUUAUAGUUCCUAUCAAGGCGGUUCUCCAUAUCAACAACCUCCACCACACAACCCUUAUCAACAAGGUUAUGGACAGCCACAAUACAACAACUAUCAAGCAGACCCAUCUCCUUAUGUCCCUCAUGCGCAGUCGCCGCCUCAUGAAAACUAUGCUCCACAUGGGAUGAUGCAACAACCGUGGGGCGAACAGGCUCAUCAAGGUUACUCUCCUCCCCAUUUCGAAGGUGGUGGACAUGGGCAUUACGAAAAUCAUGGACAUCACUCAGAAUAUCAACAGUACCCAGAAGGGCACGGAUAUGAUCACGAAAAUCACCGUGGACAUGACCGUGGGCAUCAUCAUGGUCAUCAUCAAGAGCAUGGACAUCAUAAUGAACAUGGACACCAUCACGAACAUGAGCGACAUCGUAGCCAUUCACGUGAUUAA